AUUUUUAGGAAAAGCUCUACAAACCGGAAUAGAACCACCAAAUGCAGCCACUAAUGGACGGCUGGAUGAUGGUGUUUUCUAUAUUUAGACUACUCGACUUUGUCAAUAUUAUUGAAGGUCUGUUGGAAAUUGAUUUAGAACAUUACUGUUCAUGGCCAGUGUCUAAACAAGACAUUAAGGAUUGUCUGGAGAAAAUUGUUUGUACUCAAAAAUAAAGGAAUAUAAAAUAGAGUUUGAUCAAGAAUAGCCAGUUUUACUGACAAUUAUCUUUAGACAGUGGUAGAAAGUACUGUACUUAAGUACCAUUUUGAGGUACUUGUAGUUUACUUGAGUAUUUCCAUUUAAUGCUACUUUAAUCUCCACUACAUUUCUUUAAACAGCUUUAGUUAUUUUUCAGAUGCAAAUUUGACACAAUGGAUAAUAUAACAAGCUUUUAAAAUACAACACAUUGUUGAAGAUGAAACCAGUAGUCCUUUUUGGCUUUCGACAUCUUACAAAAAGCAGUAUGUAGUUGGGGUUCCAUUUCAGAUGUCUAUGAGUUGUUAACAGCCAAAUGAAAAAAAACAAAUAUUGAUUUUUCCCUCUAGACUUCUCACGUUUAAUUUCAAUAAAUGUUCAAAUGAUCCAAUAUUUCAGCUAAAAUCAAAGAUAGAUACAAAGUCCAAAAACAGAUUUGUGUAUCAUAACUUAGUUUUUUUCUUUUUCCUCAGAUUUAUCUGGUGACCCUUUGGAGGGACCAGACUCUUUAAAAGGGUCAAAUAAUAGUCAUAGGGAUGAAAUAAGUACUUUUAAUUGAAUUCUUCAAGUACAUUUAGCUACUAAUGUGUAGGUAUUUUUACUUAAAGGUCCCCUACAUACAUAUUUUAAGACAUACACAAAUAUUCUGAUAUGUGUCUGAUAUGGUUGUCCACUAAAAAUAUAAUCACCACUUUAAAAUCCUUAAAAUGCCAUCUAUUCCUACUUCUACUCCAAAUCCUGCUCCUAGACCUGCCCCUUAAAAUCAGAUUUUCAGUGAGCACAGAGAAACGUUCCACUUUGAGCAGAUGACUGUGAAAACAGACUUCUAGUAUCAAACACUGCACAUACAUCAUUCUGUAUUCAGCUUAAAUAUCCAACUGAAGUACCAAGAAAAAAACAAACAUGUUUUCCAGUGGAGAGGGACUUAAAGUAGGAUUUUUCAUGCAGGAUUUUUACCUGAAAUUAAGAAUAUCUAAAUAGCUUUAUUGGCACUUUGGUAAAAAAUCUGAAUACUUCUCCCACUACCGUCUACUAAUGACUACUUCCGUACCACUUCUAACCUGUUAGGUCUUUGGAUUUCAGCAAAUUAAACCAUGGCAAUAAGAUGAAAAACAUGCCUCUCACCUAGUCAAUCAAAAAAUAGUGCUAGCUAGGCACAUACCAUAUUGUGUGUGGCAGCCAGUUCAACGAGCUUUACACAUUAUUGCAUUUGCUGCCGUGCUGAACAAGGACUGUUACAGCUGUGUGGGAUGUUGACGUGUCUGCUGGCUAUAAAUGCAAGAGAGCACACCCAGUCACAAUGCGAUUUGAACAUCUGACGAACAGAGAGCAAAACCACGUGAAAAGAAGAGGAUGAAAAGGUGCAUUCAUUUACACUUCGCUAAAAAGAGGGGGCGGGGGUACAACAUAAUUUACUGAGAUACCUCAUGUGACCGUCAGUGACACUGCUGCUCUAGACCAGUGAUAUGCCUCCGCCGCUGCCGAUGAUGAUGAUGAUGGAGGGAGUGCUUUUUCCUUCUGCCAGUCUUGAUGCGAAGUACAGCUGGUGAUGACCUGGAUGGUGCCAUGUGAAUGACUGAAGACCAUGAAGCCCACACACAAGCUGCUGUUCGUCCUGUGCCCCAUGCUGGUCCUGGGCUUUAUUUACUACUCCUCCGGGAAGCUACAUCUACACGUAUGGGGCCAGAAGCCUCAGAGUGAUGCAGAAGCGACAGCUGUAGACCUGACUAAAGGUGCUGAAGUGAAAAGGAUAACAGAGUUGGAAACGGAAAUCUCCGUGGGACGAAUAGUAGGCUCAGUGUAUGAUAAGCAGGGCUUUUUGCUGCAGCUGGACACAAAACUGCCACCGGAGUUGGCAUACAAGUAUGGCAACCUCAGCGAAGGAGUGUGCAAGCUGGGAUAUGCAGCAGCCAAGAUGACUGCCAUCUAUCCUAAGUUUAUGAAACCAGCGCCCAUGUUUCUUGAUCGGAACUUCAAACGUCUUGCAAAAGUCAGCAAUUACUUACCUCCAUUUGGUUUCAAAACACAAGAGAGAGUUAUAGACAGCAUUUUAACUGCCACCAAAAACUACGGGCUUGGAGAUGAACUGGACAGUCUCAGCUGUAAAAGAUGCAUCAUUGUGGGCAACGGGGGCAUCCUGUACAACAAGUCUCUGGGUUCCCGUAUAGAUGACUAUGAUGUCGUCGUGAGGUUGAAUGAAGCUCCAGUAGCUGGUUACAGCAAGGACGUAGGGACCAAAACUACCUUGCGGAUUACCUAUCCCGAGGGAGCUAUUCAGAAGCCUGAAAAUUAUGAAAAAGACUCGCUUUUUGUUUUUUCUGCUUUCAAACCACUGGAUUUCAAGUGGCUAAGACAGAUGGUCUUCAAGGAGAAACUGAGGGGUACAGAGGGUUUUUGGAAGUCGGUGGCCCACUAUGUGCCUCGUGAGCCGACCGAGAUGAGAAUCCUCAAUCCCUACUUCAUCCAAGAGGCCGCCUUCCAGUUCAUAGGCCUGCCUUUCAACAAUGGCCUGAUGGGCAAAGGGAACAUUCCAACUUUAGGCACAGUUGCCAUAACGAUGGCACUGCAUAACUGUGAUGAGGUGGCGGUGGCUGGUUUUGGAUACGACAUGAACACGCCCCACGCACCCUUGCACUAUUACGAGACUGUCAAAAUGUCUGCCAUCAAAGAGUCUUGGACACACAACAUAUCUAAGGAGAAAGAGUUCCUGCGCAAGCUAGUGAAGGCCAAUGUCAUCACAGACCUGACCAACGGUAUCUGAGUUUACACCCACCCAGUCUCCUUCUGCCUUUCCCAAAGGACUACAAAACAGGAAGCUAGGAAAUGGAUCACGUCUAGGAGAAAGAACCGUUAGAGUCCGGGUGGCCUGCACACUGCCGGGGGUUUUAUAUCAAAGGAGAUUAUUUAAGAAAAAUAAAUAAAUACAAAAAAAGAUACUGUAGGGUUUUUGUGGAGUGAUGCACACACAUGUGCCUUCUGAACCAAAGACUCCUGCUGAUUGAAGCGGGGGUGGGUGGGUGGGUGGGGGGGGGGUCCUGUCUUAUCAAAAGGACAGUUGCAGGAAAGCUCCGCUGGCCCAGCACUUCAGCGUUUGACUUUUGCCACUUCAAACCCCCCCCCCCCCCCCCCACGAGUAUCUUAUGAAUGAAUCGCAAGAGCAGAGGUGACCAAGGAUGUACAGAUGUUACAGAUGUCAGGAUUUCAGUUGACGGAAGGGACAGAAGAGAAAAGGAAUAAUUAAAGGACUGAAACAGAGAGCACGCAGGGAUUGGGUUGUGGAUUAGCAGUGCCAAACGUACCUCGAUCAAGGGAGAGGUGGCCCUCCUCUCCUUUUGCUGCCUGAAUGUAUUCACCUUCCUCAGUGUAAAUAUCAAUGAUUUUUACUGUGCUACAAGCUGCAGCAGCCCUUCCUCACCCCCCAUCUGCCAUUUGUCCUUUCAUUCACUUUUUUUUUUUUUUUACUGUCUGUCCAGAGUCCAAAAUUACCACUUGCCAAGCCAGAUGACAAGAGGUAAAUCAGCAAGGGGUCACCUGUCAAAAUGGUUGGUUUCAUGUUUUUAGAUGCCAUUGUUCAAGUGUUUUAGGAGUAUUCAGACAUCAGAGUUUGAGGUUUUGUUUGUUUUUGCUGCCACGUUGACCUCUGUAAAUUCACUGGAAUCAAAUUAAGGCAGUGACUCCGAAAACCCGGCAGUCGCUGCCUGUUAAGCUGGCUCAGGACAGGAUGGUUAUGUCUGUUUCCUGAUGUCUUAAUGGAUCUCUGGCAGCACGCAUCAGUCGAGACACCAAGUUUUAAAUUAAAACUAAAUCUGCUUGUUUUAUGAAUCAUUUAAGAAUGAUCAGAUUCUCUACACGCAAUGGCGCGGAGAACAGGUAGGAGGAAAAAGGUGUAUGAAUUAUUUUGUCUAAAUUAUUUUUAUUGUGGGAUUUAACUUUUAUAGUUGGUAGGUGAGACCUGAAGUUAAACACGCAGCAUCUCUUCCACCUCUACAUCUCUUUGUAAACCCUUCUUCCUCUUACUCCAUUCAUGUCACGAUACAGUCUUCAUUGCCAUGGAGACGUGCAGUAACGUGUCCUGUCCUGGUCAAACAUAGAACAGACUGUACGUAUGUCCCUCUUCCAUCCUCCUGUUGCUGCAAAUUUUCCUUGUUCUUCAGUAACUGGUGAAAUCUUGGAUUGUAGAAUAUAAAUAUAUAUAUUUUUGUUUUUAGGUUGAUUUUAAAUUAUUUAUUUCGUUACAAGGUCCCAAAAUUUUGGUCACAGGCAGGCCUGCUUUCUGUUUUGUUCACAGGAAACAAGAAUGUGUUUCUUUUGAAUUCACCACCAUGUGCUUCCUCAGAGACUGCAUCAUCUUUCUUACGUUUGUGGCAGACGCUAUGUUUAAAUCCAUACAUGAAUCUGUCUUUAAUUGGCUUAAUGUUGAAUGUUGUUAAAUCAGCAGCCUUUUAUUUUUCUUUACUUGUGCUCUUUUGUGACAAUGGACAUACAAUCGCAACCUUUUUUUUCUUCUUUUUUUUAAUGUUUUAUUUCUUGGCAAAAUUUAGAGAAUAUGCGAGUUGUGAGUAAAUCGCCACUCAAUCUCAAAUCAGCGUUUCAUGUGUUGAUCUUGCCUUUGCACUUUGAUGGCACGGUCACAUUUGCCACAUGUUUUUCAGUAUUUUGACACUGCAUAAGCAGAGCAGUUGUUCAGUGUUAUAUAAUCAAACGGUUUGCUUCUCCUUCUGCUCGCUCCUCGUCAAAAAAAAAAAGAAAAAUCAACGCGAGAAUGUCAAAAUGUCACCUCUGUUUGCUUGUCAUUUCCACAUAUGAAUGCGAUAAUUAGCUUUAUGUAGUAAUGGUGCAUUUUAAAAACUGCUUCACAAAAGCGCACUUUUGUUUUACCUUUUUUUUUUUUUUUUUUAAAUUACUUUUAUCAGAUGACAGUUAAAUGGGAUUUCACCUAAUUUCUGUAUCUACUUCUUUGGAAGUGCAUACUUACUGUACACGCACGACACUCACAUACACACAGGCUCACUUUCAUUCCUCUCAAUCAGUAAGCUGCUGUUAUUACAUCUGUUACAUUGCUACUUUUUUUUUUUUUUUUUUUUUUUUUUUUUUUUCAUUUCACAAACACUGCUGGGAUUAAAUGAAUAGAUCACUUUUUGCAUAUAUAGGCCCUGCUUGGGUACUUCAGAGCAAAGGUACAGGGAACAGCUGACCAUUGCACUAUCAUGAGGCAUCUCAGCGCCUUACACCUCAUCACCUGGAAACUGUAGCAAGGAGUUUGACGCAGGAAAGUAACUCCAGCCGGUCCAGUAUGUCAGCUGUCAGCUGCAGGUCAGGACAGGGCACCCAUUCCUCUGAUUUGGGACCAGUCCAUUUCAUAUCUGUGGUGUAUAAACAGCACAUUACAUGCCGUAUAGGAAGACUUGAAGCAACCAUAAUGGUGGUUUUGUAUGUUUUAGCCACAAAUCCACAUAUAUGUUGGCUGCUAUAAAGUAAUUGUUUUGUUUUGUCUGAGGUUGCGUAUGUUUGUGUGUAGCGUUUGGUUUCAGACAACAUGGCUCAUCAGUGAUAUGUUUUCCGGCAGCUGACUGUUUAUGCUUGAUCAUCAGUGUCCUUGAAUGCACCAGCAAGGACAGCCACACUAUCAUAUCAUGAUAGUAGGUGACUCACAAAAAAACAAAAAAGACAACUGUCAUAGAUUACAUAUCAUUAACAACUUAGUAGACUUUCCAGUGUGCUAAAAUGUUUGGUAACCACUCAAAUCUUGUCGUAUGUCUUUGGGAAAGGGUCAUUAAUAAUGUAAAAUAUGUACAAUUUGUACUCCGCAGGAUAAAACGUGCCAAACCACCAGUAUGGUCUUUAACGGUUUGAGACUAAGCAGAUCCUUAGUUGGAGUAAACUUUUCUUCUUUUUUUUUUUCUAGGUUUUGAAUUUGUAUGAAUGCUGGAAGUGUUCAGAUGGAUUGGGCCAAAUCCGCUCCUCUAAUAACCUGUUCAUAAUAAAGCAGAAUGUAUUCGCUUUGAGCAUUUCACUUUCAUAUUUAUAGAUUUUUUUUAAAUUUCUUUUAACAUUUGAACAUCAUCAGUGGGAAGUAACGUGAUCAAAAUAAAGUGUUUUUUUUAUAUACAGUUAUAAAUGGCAUUCUGCAACUCAAUAAAUACGUUUGUAAAGGA